GAAAAAAAUUUCAAACAAUAACAAUAACCUCAAUUUAUUAGCGAUGAGCGAAUGUACCAGCAGCAAAACACUUGAGAUUGUAAUGAAAGUGAACUAAGUAAUAACGAGUAUAAUUAAUUUUAUUUCAGUUGGAACCUUGUUUUACUGCCAUUAUCACAGUUUAAUUAUGGUGGUGCUACUUGAUGGAAGUUUUGCAACCCAAAUCAAGAAAUAUGUGGAUGAAAAAGAAAUGACCAAUAGUCCACUCUGGAGCUCUCAGUAUCUGUCAACCGAUCCCAAUGCUGUUUUGAACACCCACUGUGAUUACAUCAAUGCUGGUUGUCAGGUAAUAUCAACCAACACAUACCAGGCGAGUGUAGAAGGCUUCCAAAAACAUCUGGGUGUGGACGUGGAAAGUGGCCUUGCUCUAAUCAGACAAGCUGUCACACUGGCAAAACAAGCUGUAGUCAAGUGUGCUAGCUCCACAAAUCCUCCAAGACAGCAAGUGAUGAUAGCAGGGUCUGUGGGCCCAUAUGGCGCAUGCCUCCACGACGGUUCCGAGUAUCGUGGAGAGUAUAUAGAAGAUGUGACAGCACAGCAGUUAAGGGAUUGGCAUCGACCACGAAUAACUGCGCUGGUAGCUGCUGGUGUGGACCUACUAGCUGUGGAGACUAUACCAGCAGUGCAGGAGGCUGUCAUUGUACUGAAUCUACUCCGGGAAGAGUUCUCUGAUGUCAAAGCGUGGGUUAGUUUCACGUGCAAGGAUAAGGUACAUACAAGUCAUGGUGAGCCGUUCCAUGAGGCAGUGUUGCAGUGCUGCCAAACCAACAGAUCUCAGUUGGUGGCAGUCGGUGUAAACUGCGUGGCUCCUGCACAAGUCUCCUCCUUGCUGACCAGUGUGCAAGGACUACAGGUGCCGUUUAUAGUUUAUCCCAACAGUGGCGAGACCUGGACUCCUGGAGUUGGUUGGACAAACAAAGAAGCGUGUCUACCCUUGGUACAUUACCUGCCAGAGUGGGUCUCUCUGGGAGCUCAGUAUAUCGGAGGGUGUUGUCAAACAGACGCAGAAGAUAUACGACAAUGUCGGGAAUUCAUUGACAAACACGACAUAAGGUCUAGCACAAGUGGGUUGUAAGAAUCAUAGUUUGUGAAGAAGUUCAUCUCAAAAUCUUUAGGCGUUCUUCAACAUUCUCAGUUGCUCAUGCGUAAUUUUAUUUAUUUCACUUGCUUUAUUAUAUUUCACAUUUUAUCAUAUUUUUGAGAAUUAUUCUGUUCAUGAAGAUCAUACAUUGUAAAUGCUUUUGAAAUUGUAUGAUACUAUAUACUAAUGUAUGUGAUAGUUUGAAGACUGAAAUAUUGAAUGUUGUGCUCUUAGAGGUUUCUGUAUAAAUAUUUGUACAUAUAUAUAAUUGCUUCUGUGAUUAACAUUCAAUGCAAAAUAAAAUAUAUUAUAU